AUGGGGAAACACGAAUCAUUAAAGGCACAGCGAUAUACCACGGAUCUCCUGAAGAUCCCUGGCAUGGCAUUCGAUGUGACAGUGGCGGACCCGAAGGAACGGAUUGAAGCAUAUCUCAAUGAAUAUCGCAAGGCAGGUCAGACGAAAGAUGAGGGAUUCGACGAGGUAUUUAUGCGCGAGCAUAUCUCCAUUGUCAGCGCCACAAGCUCUGAGGGAAAGACGACGGCUGUUUUUGAGAUGAAAGCUUCGCCAGUCUACACUAACCGGAUGGGCAACAUGCAUGGAGGCGCAAUUGCCAUGAUCCACGACAUGUGCACGACCAUGGCGGCCGCACCAUUGGCGCGGAAGGACUUUUGGUGGUUCGGAGGGGUGUCAAGGACAUUACUCAUCACAUAUCUGAGACCAGUAAGGAAGGACAUGGACCUCGUGAUCGAAUGUGAAGUUUUACAGCAGGGUUCGAGGCUAGCGACUAUACGUGGACAGAUGCGAGAUAAAAAUACGGGUGCCCUGCUCUCAGUAGCGGAGCAUAAUAAAGCGAGCAUUAACUUUGAAGAAGUCAAGUCAAAUUUAUAG